CAGGUGUUCCUAACAAUUCUUUAGGUGAGUGUAUAUUAUAUGCUUGUAUCUUUUAUCUUGCAGAGAAUGGUAAAGAAGGGGUAUGACCGUACCAGGCGGCAUGACUCAAAAAAAGAAAUAGUUCGCAGCAUACAACAAAUGCUGAGAGAAAAAUUCGCCCGCGAGCACUCUGAAAGUGCAAUAGUAAAGAGGUGGUCGGACCUAAAAAGGCGAGACCCAGAAUUCGUCAGAGAAAUAUCUGAAAGAGUCUGCCCCGGCCAGCCUGUUCCAACAGUGCGCUCAACACCUGCGCACCGGGAUAUCCACGUGGUGGAGGUCUCUGAGGAGGAGGAAGAGGAGGCAGGCCCCCCCACCGCGAUGGAGACGAGCGACACUGCUCCCCCAGAUGUCGCCGAACAUGUGGAGGUGGAGGUGGAGGAGGAAGGCGGUCCCUCUCAACCCCACACCUCACCGGCUGCCGCAAUACCUCCGGCCGAGGUGACCGAGGAGGAGGAGGAGCAAGAGGUGGCCGCACAGUCAGAGGAGGAGGAGGAGCUUGUGACCACCCCACAGCAGGAGGGUAAAUAUCUACAAAAAUCUUUAUAA